AUGCAGACGAAGCUCGUCAAUCCAAAACCCGCAUCAUUGAGCGCAUUUUUUGUGUUCUCUUCUCAAACGAAAAUUCGGACAAUAUUUUGUGUUUUUUGGUCUUUAAAAGCACAACCACCAUCACCAUGCGAUUCCCGCAAAUUGAGACGAUUGUCCAUUUUUGUGUUGCUGGUCAUGGACGAUUUGUCAAUGUUUUCUCAUAUGACGUGGGAUAAUGGACAAUUGUUUAAUGAAGCUGAUAGAUUUGAUCAUGCUUUAGAUAAUGGGAAAACAUUUCUUUGGGAAAUAUUGAACAAACUGUUUAAAGAUUAG